AUGUCNGCUUCAUCUUCUUCUUGCAAAUGCUUGGGUUCGGGGUUCGAACANAGUUGUGACAAUGUGAGCAGGGUGGGUCUAAAACCAANUUGCUUUUGUGGUGAGAAAGCAGUUUUCCGCACUGCAAGAACCCCUAAGAACAAGGGCAGAAGAUUUUGGGGAUGCCCCAAGUUCAAGGGUGGCAGUGAGGAUUGUUCUUCUGGAUGCAACUUCUUUAAGUGGUGCAAUGAGGAUUUCAUUCACGAAGAAAGUGUACAAGAAAGUGGAAGGAAGAAGGAAGUGGGUCAAAAUUUGAGGAUGAUGGAAGAAAUGCUNAUGAAGAUGGAAGAGAGAGAUGGAGAAAAACUGAAAAUAGCAAUGUAUCAGAAAAGUGUAGUUAGUGUGAAAAAUUGGUUGAAGUUGUUAACGGGGGUGGUGGUUAUUACAUUUCUGUGUAAUGUAAUUGUGAUAUUGAUGUUGAUGAAAGUAGGUUGA